AUGCCCACCCAACCCUUCCACGUCGCCAUAGUAGGCGGCGGCCUCGGCGGCAUAGCGCUAGGCAUUGCCCUCAAAACCCGCAACAUCCCCUUCAACCUCUACGAAUCACGAGGCUCCUUCACCGAGAUAGGAGCAGGCAUCAACCUCGGACCCAAUGGCUAUCGUGCCCUCCGCCUCAUAGAUCCCUCCCUCGGCGACAAGAUCUUCAUAUUAGCAACCCGGAACCCUGCGCCGCACGAACAUCUCUGGAUGAUCUUCCGCCGUGGCGCAGAGAUCAAUGGUCACGAGGAUGGGGAAGUGUUGCUCGAGCUUACGGCGCCUCCUACGGGGACCAUGACGCUGCAUCGGCAGGAGUUGCUGGCGGGGUUGGCGGAGACGAUGGGGACGGAGAAUGCUAAGUUCAAUAAGAAAUUGGUAGGGUAUGAGCAAGAUGAGGAGGGGGUUGUGAUGAAGUUUGCAGAUGGCACGGAAGAGAGGGCGAGUGUGCUUGUGGGGUGUGACGGCGUUCAUUCGAGAGUUAGGGCAAGAAUGUUUGGGGAAGACAAUCCUGUCACGAAAGCUUCUUUCACUGGGUCGGGGGCGUAUCGAGCUGUAGUGCCGAUGGAGAAGGCGAUAGAGGCAUGGGGCGAGAGUGCAAGAUUUGCGCAGGUUACGUUAGGGCCGGGUGGGUAUUUCAUCUAUUACCCAGUGAACGGAGGCAAAUUUGUGAACUGUGGUGCUUGGAUCCGGAAGAAUGGGACUUGGGAUCAUGCUGAGUGGGUCGUGCCAAAUCAAGGCGAGCAGUUCAAACAAGACCUCAAGGACUGGGGUCCACGCAUCCACAGCAUGUUAAAGCACUACGAUCCGAACCAAGACUUCUGGGCCUGCUUCGAGCACGGACAUCAACCAGAUCACUUUCACGAAGGUCGGGUGAUCCUCAUCGGGGAUGGAGCCCAUGCUAUGCCUCCGCACCAAGGGCAAGGUGCAUCUCAGGCUGUGGAGGAUGCCUAUGUUCUGGCUGAAGUGCUUGCUUCCAUUGAUGAUGGUGAUCUUUCAAACCGCACUAUUGAGGCUGGCUUGAGGGCAGUGAGCGAAACGCGAACGCCACGAUCUUCAAAGGUUCAUGCGUAUAGUUCGCAUGCUGGUCUGAAUUGGUACUCAUUCCAUGAAAAUAGUCUGAAUGCUGCUGAGCAGAAAGAGUGGACGGAAGGUGUAAGGGAGCGCCUGCGGUACAUCUGGGAUGUCGAUCUGGAGAAGCAUGCUGAAGAUGCAAAGCAGCUUUACCGAAUCUUGAUAGAGGGGCCUGGGGAUCAAGGUGCCGCCGGUGGCAGUCUGUGA